AUGAAUAUAAAUUUAGAUACAGCGAAAGAUACGCUUUGCAAGAAUAUAUUAAUAUAUGGGUAUUGCAAAUAUGAAAACAAAGGUUGCGCUUUCAGUCAUAACCGACAGCAACCUACCCAACAACAGCAGGCUACAAAUACCUCGAACAAUUCGACAAGUGUGAUUACCCCAAAUAGUGCUAACUCAACUGCAUCAUCGACAGAUUUAUCUUUAAAGAAAAAGUUCAACUUGAACACCCCUUCUUUUCAACCCAGUAUCAACAAUUUGUCAAACAAGUUUUCCACCUUGUCGCCGAAGUUGAAAGAGAUUCCUGUUUUUAAACCUGAGAAUGGUGUAUCUGAACCAGAACCAGUGGAUUCACCUACUAUACAACGACCAUUCACCUCAAAAAGGUUUAAUGUAAGUACACCUUCAUUUACUCCCACGAAUUUCGACUUUGCAAACAAUACAAAUGCAGAUGGUAAUAGAGGUGGUGCAUCAACUCCAAUAGGUAUCUCAUCUGCUCCACUUAUACAAAACCAGCAACAGCAACAACAGCAGCAACAACAACAAAAGCAGCCUUUGGCUGUUCCUUCACCAUUAGCAACAGGUGCCCAACCUCCUUCCUUGCAACACCGCGUUUUAUCUAUGGGUGCUUCGCAGUCUUCACCAUCGACAAACCCUUAUUUUGCCAAUAAUUUGGACAUGUCUGCGCCGACACCUGGUCUGGAAACACCUGGUCCUGUGUUGCCCGGUUCAGCAGGUGCUGCUGCGAACCAACCAAUGUAUCCAUUACAGUAUCAUUUAUAUGCACCUGCCCCACCGCCAAGGUUGACGAUUCCCUUGCAACCAUAUGAAUCAAAUAGUCAAACAAUGUUUAUUCCCAAUGAUUUGCGAGAGUAUUUGCAUAAGAAGAACGAAGCAAGUUUACAAAGUUUAGGUCAUCUGAAUUUGCCGGAACAUGUUAAUCAAUAUCAUUCAUUGGUGCCUAUAGACAAAUCAUAUGAGCCAGUGUCCAAGUUAUGGUUAGGCAAAAAUAGCUUAAUUUUUAAAUGUCUUGACAAUAUAGAUGGCAACUUAUAUGUGAUGAGGAAAAUCGAGCCAUGUAAUGAAAUUGUCAAUGACAAACCAUUCAAAACUGUUAAAAGGUGGAAAUCUAUAAAAAAUGCCAAUAUUGUUGGAUUGAAGGACGCAUUUACCACUAUGGCAUUUAAUGGGAAUCAAUCUGGGAAUACUGCAUUGUGUAUUAUAUAUGACUACUACCCAAAUAGCAUCAGUUUAUUAGAACAUCAUAAAAAGGGGUUACGUGUUGAACCAGUUAACGAAACUUUGUUGUGGAAUUAUUUGAUUCAGUUAAUCAAUGCCAUUAUGGUUAUCCAUGAAAAAGGGUUACUGGCCAGUUCGACUAUUGAUUUGAGUAAAAUUAUUGUCACUAAUAAAAAUAGAAUAAAGUUGAGUUCAGUUGGAAUUAGCGAUAUUUUAGAAUUCAACGACGAUGAAACCAAGCAAGAUAUUAAGAUUAGACAGUUACAAGACAUCCAAAAGGUGGGGAAGGUGUUGAUGGAGUUGGCAAUUUUGCUAUUACCUGCGAACAUGAGACAAAGCAAUAAUGUUUAUAAUCUGUUGAAAGCUUCUACUAAUUUAUCAGAGGAUAUUGUUAACAAUUUGCGAGAAUUGAAUGACUUAGAUACGGCCAGUGAGGAGUUUGAUUUAAGUGAAUUCAGCAAACGAUUGACUCCAAAGAUGUUCAGUAUAAUUGACAGUUUACAAAACAGCUCGGAUUUUAUUGAGGGACAAUUGACCUCAGAAUUAGAAAAUGCAAGAUUGUUUAGAUUAAUGACCAAGUUGAAUUACUUAAUACAUGACAACUCAAACACUGAAAAUGACAAGAUCAUCAAGUUGUUUUUGAAUUAUGUGUACAACUGUUAUGACUCAAACAAUAAAAAGGUGAUCAACUUGAAUAAGGUAUUGACUAAUCUCAAUAAGUUGGAUUGUGGUAUUGAUGAAAAGAUAUUAUUAGUCAAUAAUGACGAAUGUAUUAUUAUUAGUUAUAAGGAAUUGAAAGAAAUUAUCGACACAAAAUUCCGUUUAAUGAGGGAAUAG